AUGGCGGGCGACGGGCGGCGGGCGGAGUCGGUGAUUGAAGGAUGGGGGCUGCACGUGACACCCAGGGCCCCCCUGCGGGAGGGAAGGCGCCGGCUCGCCCCUGAAAAUGGCGGCAGCAGUGACGUACCAGCGCGCGGAACUCCGACGCCGUCGCCGUCGCCGUCGCGCCACGCCCGGCGGGAAGUGAGGUUUUCGGAAGAGCCGCCGGAAGUGUACGGCGACUUCGAGCCCCCGGUGGCGAUAGAUAGAUCUCCGAUGGGAAAACGAAUCCCGCUAAGAGAGUUCCGGCCCCAUUCUACGAAAGAGGAAGUGAGAGAAAGCGCCUACAACCUGCGGUCUCAGCAGCGGAGGCAGCCGCGACUCCAGGAAGCCGGGGAGAUGAAAACGCGAAAGGCUACGCGCCUCCAGCAGGAGAACUCACAGCAGCCUCCGCCACAGCCGGUGAUGACCCGGAGACGGUUACGGGACUCUCAUUCCUCUGAAGGUGAGGCGGACCGAGAGGAAGAGCUAUCUCCGCAAACUGUUGUAAGCCAAACAGUCUCAAAGAAAACUGUCAGGAGAACACAAGAGACUUCAGUGAUGAGUGAAGAUUCUGUACUCAGCCUGCUUAGACCCCCUCUAAGAAGUCCACGAUCUGAUUCAGCAUACAAAACAAAUGGAAGUACUGAAAUGAGUGAAUUAGAAGCCACCAGUGUCCCGCAGAAGGUCAAUUUCUCCGAAGAAGGGGACACUGAAGAAGAUGAUCAGGACAGAUCUGAUAGUGCUGUUACUUCUGUUAAGGUCAGAUCCAGGGAGUCUCUUGACUCUGGAGAUCAAACCAGCAGACAAGGUCAACAUCCAGAAUCAUUUUGGCAGUCAUCACAAAGUCAAGACUUCACAGCUCUUGAUAAGCAACAUUCAUUGCCAAGCUCAGGAUAUCAAAAAAACCUUCAGAAAUGGGUUGACCAAUCCAUAAGAAUAAGGACGAAGAUGCCAAAUGACAGCUUUCAGAAAUCAGAGUUUGGAAACCAGUCUCCAUCAACCUUCAGCCAACACAUGACUAGACAACCCAAAAAUGCAUCUUUUGUCAAGAUGGAGUGGUGUUGGCCAAUACUUAUUGUGCUCUCUAUUCUUGUCCUUGGGAGUUUGUGGUACACUCAUGCUCCUGAGAUAGAAAGCACUGCUGUGCAAGAGUUCCAGAACCAGAUGAAACAACUUAUGAAUAAGUACCAAGGUCAAGAUGAGAAGCUGUGGAAAAGGAGCCUAACAUUCCUGGAAAAACAUCUCAACAGCUCCCAGCCUCGUCCUCAGCCUGCUAUCCUGCUGCUGACCGCUGCCCGUGAUGCCGAAGAAGCACUCAAGUGUCUGAGUGAACAAAUCGCUGAUGCCUAUUCAUCCUACCGUAGUGUCCGUGCCAUCCGGAUUGAUGGGACGGGCAGAGCUACUGAGGACAGCGAUGCUGUGAAACUAGAGGUGGACCAAGAACUGAGCAAUGGAUUCCAAAAUGGCCAGAACGCAGCCGUGGUGCACCGCUUCGAGUCCUUGCCCGCAGGCUCCACUUUGAUCUUCUAUAAGUAUUGUGACCAUGAAAAUGCGGCCUUCAAAGAUGUAGCCUUAGUCCUGACCGUCUUGUUGGAGGAGGAAACACUUGGAACCAGUCUAGGCCUAAAGGAAAUUGAAGAAAAAGUGAGGGAUUUCCUCAAAGUCAAGUUCACCAACUCGAACACACCCACCUCCUACAAACAUAUGGACCCAGACAAAUUGAGUGGACUCUGGAGCCGUAUUUCCCACUUAGUCCUGCCUGUACAACCUGAAAAUGCCCUGAAAAGGGGCAUCUGCUUAUAAGCAGUAACAGAAGAGAAAUCAUGUCCCAAGUUGUGAGAAUUUUUUGGCCUUUGUAACCAGAGACAGAAUGCAUCUUUGUGAAAGAACUGUUUUCUUUCUAAAGGAAGUAAAGUUCUAAAUCAUUUCUCCAA